AUGGCCAUUUUCAUUCCCACAAUUAUGAAGUCGUCAAGGAAGGAAGCGGAGACUCGCAACUGGUCCGUUAUUGUGUUGUUACCAUGUGUGCUUAAAGAACCAAGUGCACAAUUUGGGAUUUCGCAUUCUUUUGACAUAGUUGUGCCCCCACCACCCAUGUUUAAUCCAUUAGCUACAAAGGCAGCUACAAUUUGUCUCUCAGUCUUUGGUCCUGGAGGGCCAUUCAGUUUCGAUGCAUGGAAGAAACAGCAAAGGAAAUCUAAUUCCUCGAAAAAAGAUUCUACUUCAAAGGGAGGAAAUUCUAAUCACGAGGCAUUGGGUAAUGAGUGGCUGCAAUCCGGAAGAUGUCCGAUAGCAAAGUCAUACCGUGCUGUUAGCAGUGUCAUUCCACUAGUCGCAAAGGUUUUGCAGCCCCCUCCAGGAAUGAAACUCAAGUGCCCGCCAGCAAUAGUUGCUGCUCGAGCAGCCCUGUCGCAAACUGCAUUUGCAAAGAACCUCCGCCCACAACCCCUUCCGGCAAAAGUACUUGUGAUCGGAUCAAUGGGCAUGGCAGCCAAUGUUCCUUUAGGGAUAUGUAGAGAGCACACCAAAAAAUUCUCACUAUCUUGGUUCGCUGCUGUGCAUGCAGCUGUGCCAUUCAUAGCCAUACUUCGGAAAUCUGUGCUCAUGCCUAAAUCAGCCAUGGCAUUUACCAUUGCCACAUCAGUACUAGGACAAGUCAUUGGCUCCAGAGCAGAGCGGUACCGCCUCAAAGCUGCGGCUUCCAAAACAUUGCCUCUGACGAUUGAAACCUCCGUUGGUGGUGUGAUAGAAUGA